AUGAACGUUGGGAUCGAGAGGAUGUUGGUCACGCCAAGCCAGGAACAACAGCAACAACAACAGCAGCAGCAGGCAGCCGUGGCAGCCGUGGCAGCUCAGGAACAGGCGAUGGAUCCUUUGACACAGUCGACGGCAGAGACGUGGCUGUCGAUAGCGUCGUUGGCGGAGACGCUGGGGGACGCGGACCGGGCAGCUAUGGCGUACGAUGCGACGUUGCAGUACAACCAGUCGUCGACCAAGGCUCUCACGUCGCUGGCACAUCUGUAUCGGUCACGAGACAUGUUUCAGAAGGCGGCGGAGCUGUAUGAGAGGGCGUUGGCGGUGAAUCCCGAGCUGUCGGACGUGUGGGCGACGCUGGGACACUGCUACCUGAUGCUGGACGAUCUGCAGCGCGCGUACAAUGCGUACCAGCAGGCACUGUACCACUUGAGCAACCCCAAUGUGCCGAAACUGUGGCACGGGAUCGGGAUCCUGUACGACCGGUACGGGUCGCUGGACUACGCGGAGGAGGCGUUCGCCAAGGUGCUGGAGCUGGAUCCUCACUUUGAGAAGGCCAACGAGAUCUAUUUCCGGCUCGGCAUCAUAUACAAGCACCAGGGGAAGUGGAACCAGGCGCUGGAGUGCUUUAGAUACAUCUUGGCGCAGCCACCGGCGCCGCUGCAGGAGUGGGACAUCUGGUUCCAGCUGGGCAGCGUUCUGGAGAAUAUGGGCGAGUGGCAAGGCGCCAGAGAGGCGUACGAACAUGUUCUGCUGCAGAACGAACAUCAUGCAAAGGUGCUACAGCAGUUGGGUUGUCUAUAUGGGAUGAAUAAUGUGCAGUUCUACGACCCGCAGAAGGCGCUGAAUUUCCUGUUGAAAUCGCUUGAAGUGGACCCUUCGGACGCGACUACGUGGUACCAUCUGGGCCGUGUUUACAUGCUGAGAAGCGAUUACACCGCAGCGUACGACGCGUUCCAACAGGCGGUCAACAGAGACUCGAGAAAUCCAAUCUUUUGGUGUUCCAUCGGCGUGUUGUACUAUCAAAUUUCGCAAUAUAGAGACGCUUUGGAUGCAUACACCAGGGCGAUCAGGCUCAAUCCUUACAUCAGUGAGGUUUGGUACGACCUGGGGACUCUGUACGAGACGUGCAACAACCAAUUGACAGAUGCUUUGGACGCGUACAAGCAAGCUGCCAGAUUGGAUCCAAAUAACGGCCACAUCAGGGAAAGGCUCGAAGCUUUAACGCAGCAGCUAGCCGAUAGCAGUCACGUUAUCGGAAGUGCUAACCAAUCAGCGGGUCCCAAAGGGGCUAGCGCUCAAAGUGGUGCUCAGAACCUUGCGUCGUCUUCAGCACCUCCUCCCGUCAUGCUACAACCAACGCUGCAAUCCACUGACCAGGGUAAUCCGCUAAAUGUCAGGCCUCCGACAGCUACCUUGUAUGCCAACGGUCCGCUGGCUCAACAGCCGCAGCAACAACAGCAGCCACAGCAGCAGCAAAUCCCAAUUCAUGUAUUGGCUCAGGCGCAGCCUCAAAUCUCCCAAUACGCAAUGGCAGUUCCUCAGCAGUCUCCCUUGACAAUGUUGCCGCCCCCGCCACAGCAUGCGCAGAUGAAGCCAUUGGUUGGCGUUCAGCAGGCGGGUUCUGCGUACCCACAGACUCAAGCUAUUUACCAUCAACCGAUAAUCCACGCCAAUCAGCCAGCACCGGUGAGUAAUGCUGACAGCCAGAAUCAAGUUAGCCCCGUCCUACCGCAGAAGAGACAUAUAGACGGCUCCAUACAUACGCUAGUCGAUGCUGCCGUUUCAUCCAACGCUAGUGAAAACGAAAAAUCGGCGCCAGUUAGCUCGGUUUCGCCAUCCCAGGUGCCAACUUUACCGGCAUCCCAGAGGAAUCCUACUGAACAUCAGCACAAAAAAUUGAAGACCAAGACAUCACCAAAAGCUACAGCCGCUCAUCUGAGGAUACGGUCAACCACCGUGAAGGAUAAGGAGAAAGAAAAGGGCAAAGAUAAGGCUUCGACUGCCAAACAGCGGAAAAAUUCAGUUAGCAAUGGUAAAGAGUCCAAAGAUCCAAACAACGGUCCUAAAGCAAAAUUAUCACAGGAAAAGAAAUCCGUCGAGAACAAUGGCUUACCUGAGUUGAAGAAGGCCACCACAGCCGAUAGCGCUGCUACGAUCACAGCUCCGGCGUCCGCUAAUGUAUCAAUACUUGCCCUUGGGUCCGAGGUACCGACAGGGUCCAGCAUAGCAGAAUCUGACGCAAAGGAUAUCAGCCGACCUGUCGUGGAAUCGGUGCAAUCCUCAAACGGAGAACUGGCUUCGGUGGAGGCAAGAGAGUCUGUGAAGCAUUCGGCAAUUGAAGCUGUGGCUGAGGCAAAAGCUUCAACUACUGUAGAGACGACAGAAAAAAGUGUAUCAGCUCCAUCGCCGGUAAGGAUCGCAGAAACGGAUGUGAGGCAAGUGGAUAAUACGUCCGAUAAGACUAUUUUCUCGAAGACAUCGCCUAGCGGUGAAAGCGACAUAGUCGCGGUGCCAACCGGGCCUGCUGUCUCGAAUUUGGAUGGAACUAUUAAACAGGAGAGUGGGGCUCCUUCUACUGCCAUUGACAACAAAGUUAAAGAGGCGAAUGGUCAGCCAAACGAAGUUGUAAAUAAAUCUGCCAUAUCAGAUUCUCCUAAGAACACGGUCGAGGCUGCAGUGGAGCAUGUUCAGCUUGCAGCAGGGACUAGCGGUGAGCCGGAGACUGUAAUCAAACCCAGUGUAGAGGCCAUGGAGAAGUUGCAAGAGGAAGCUAGAAUUCGUGAGGAAGAGGAAAAGGAAAGGCUGGAGAGUCAGAACAACAACAAGCCUCAAUCGGACCUAACCAAUAUAGCGAGGGAAAAUGUAGUUAGAGAGAUAGAGGAAGAUGAGAAUUAUGAUGAUUAA